AAGGGUGGUUUAUCUUUGUGAAAAUUGUAGUUUGAGAGGAGCUGUGUUAUUCUCUCAAUUUGCAGAAGGGAAACAUAAAUUGAGCAACAGAAGAAUAAGGACUGGUAAAUGAAUUUCUGGACUUGUUGAUUCUUCAGCAACUUAAAAUUGUAUCAGCAAGCAUUGGUCUCUUAGGCUGUUGAAUAAGAUACGUGCCUGCUAUUGCUCCAUGGGAUGGAGAGGUGUCUUCUAUUCUUCACUUUUCCUUCUCACCCUAGUUGAAUCAUCAGGCAGAUCAGAGAGAAUUUUGUUGCCAAACUUGGGUGCACAGAAAGCUGUAGAUUUCAGCUGGCCAGUCUUCAGUGCAAGCAUAUUUGUGUUUGUUGCUCUUGUCCUCUCUAUGUACCUCAUCUUUGAGCAUUUAGCUGCUUAUAAUCAACCGGAGGAGCAGAAGUUUUUGAUUGGACUCAUUCUGAUGGUUCCUGUCUAUGCACUGGAAUCAUUUUUAUCACUGUUGGAUUCAGAUGCUGCUUUCAAUUGUGAAGUAAUUCGGGACUGUUAUGAAGCUUUUGCGUUGUACUGCUUUGAGAGAUAUUUGAUAGCUUGUUUAGGUGGGGAGGAACGUACAAUUGAAUUCAUGGAAAGUCAGACGGUAAUCACUUCCAGAACCCCUCUUCUAGAAGAGGCAUAUGCAUAUGGAGUUGUAGAACAUCCUUUUCCAUUAAAUUGCUUCCUGAAGGAUUGGUAUCUUGGACCCAAGUUCUAUCAUGCUGUAAAGAUUGGAAUUGUUCAGUAUAUGAUACUGAAGAUGAUCUGUGCAUUACUGGCUAUGAUUCUGGAAUCCUUUGGGGUUUACGGAGAAGGAAAGUUUGAAUGGAGAUAUGGCUACCCAUACUUGGCUGUUGUUCUUAAUUUCAGUCAGACUUGGGCCCUAUAUUGUCUCGUACAGUUCUAUGCUGUUACUAAAGAGAAGUUGGAACCAAUUAAACCAUUGGCCAAGUUUCUGACAUUUAAGUCAAUUGUAUUCCUGACUUGGUGGCAAGGUGUUGCUGUUGCAUUUCUUUUCUCUAUGGGAGCUUUUAAGGGGUCAUUGGCUCAGGAAUUGAAGACACGUAUACAAGACUACAUUAUCUGUAUUGAGAUGGGAGUCGCUGCUGUCGUGCAUCUUUAUGUCUUCCCUGCGGUACCUUACAAGCGUGGAGAAAGAUGUGUUCGUAAUGUAGCUGUUAUGACAGACUAUGCUUCUCUAGGAACACCACCAGAUCCUGAGGAGGUCCAAGAUUGUGAAAGAUCUACUAGGAUGCGCUUGGGUCGACAUUAUGAGAGAGAGAAGCGUUUGAACUUUCCCCAGAGUGUUCGUGAUGUGGUCUUGGGGAGUGGUGAAAUCAUUGUUGACGACAUGAAGUAUACAGUUUCACAUGUUGUUGAACCAGUUGAAAGGGGAAUUGCUAAAAUAAAUAAGACCUUCCAUCAGAUAUCUGAAAAUGUGAAGCGCCAUGAGGAGGAGCGAAGGAGGAGCUCUAAGGAUGAUAGUUAUCUUAUCCCCUUAAAUUCGUGGAAUAGAGAAUUUUCUGAAGCCCAAGAUAACCUUGUUGAAGGGAGUGUUAGUGACAGUGGUAUGGCGAACGGGAAGAGACAUCAUGUCCAAGCUAAAGCAGUGGCAUACAGGAAUAAAACUGCCAGUUAAUGUUUGCAGCUGCUUAUUGCUAUUGGAGUUGUUAAAAAGGGUGAAGAACUUGGGGGACAAGACCUUGAUGCUUUCUAACAUCAGAAAUGUAUAUAGAAGACUCUGACUAAGCUGCAAAAUUUUGCUGCGGUCUAGUCUGGUCAAUGUAUACAGAAUAUACGAUUCUGAACAGCUGAAAAUUAUGUUAUAUAUAAACCCCAUUGUAAAA